GGGGUGUUCAUUAUUCUUAUGCUGCUACUUUUCCUAUACAUUAAUAAGAAGAUGUGUAUUGAAAAUGUUAGUGGUUUCCCAGAUCUCGAUUCAGGAUACACUACAAGAAAGAAUUCACAAGAUAAACUUUGUUAGAAUAAAUAAACCUCGCACAUUUGUCUUGUUUUUGGAAAUAAUGAAUUUUAUUAUGGCUAGUUGAUGCUGCAGUUGAUGAAAGACUAUGGUUUUGCUGGUUGAUUGUGGCUUCAAGAUAUUUAUUUAGCUGUUUUCUUAUUAUUUGCAAUGAUUAUUGAAUGAAAAGAGAAAAGCUGCAACUUCCCCUGGUAAAUAUAUUUAUUUUUGAAAUAGAAAAGGCAAAUAGCUAUGAAAUUGAAGAAACAGAGGUGAUCAGUUUGUGAAACAGAGGACCUGUCAAUAUUAAGGGCUGUUGCUGAAUAGGCUGGACAAAUGGCGUUUUUUAGAAACCUUCAGCAAAAUCUGAGCCUUCCCUCAGUGUCUUCCCUGGUGGACACACUCAGCAGUGCUGUGGAUGACCUGGCCAGUGUUGUUGGUGAGGUUGGCUACUCUGUAGCUGACUCGGUGACAGAGCAAGUAACCAGCAUGAUCAGUGGCCUGCGGGCAGAAGAUGAGAGCUCCAGAGUGCAGAGUGAGAAACCUGUGGAAAGCAGAGAGGAACACACACCCUCAUUAGCUCAUUCUCAGGAAAUUAAUAUGAAAACAAAGAGAGGUGCUGCAGAACAUAAAGAGAUGCAUAAUUCUAAUUCGUCAGAUUUUGUAAAGAAAGGUACAAGUCAAGUUGGAGUAUCUGACCAUGUCUUGAACAAAAACCAGUGCCAGUUAAGAGGCACAGAUCAUAGUAAUCCUCUCAGUGAUACAGAAGAACCUCAGGAUUUGAAGACUGUAGGAGGACCUUUUAAAAGGGAAGUAGUAGAGGGAAAUGAAUGUUUUGUAAAUGAUAAGUUCUUGAAGGAUAGUAACCUGAAAAGUAGAAAACUUACAGUGGAGCAAUCUAUUGAGGAGCAAGAUAAUUGUUUAUAUGUGGUAUCAGAUAAUUCUAAGAAUCGUGGGCAUAAAAAAAUCAAACAACAGUCGCCUGGAGCUGAUUUUAAAGAUUCUGAUAAAGUGCACAGUAUGAAUGUUCCCCAAGAUUUAGAAACAAAGCUUGUUGAAGUACAGAAGGAGAAAUUAUCAGAUUCCAGCUUGAAGAAGAUGCACAAUGACCAUCCCAGUUACCUUAAUGAAAUCAAAGAAAAGAAAUCUGAAGCCUUCUUUGACAGAAAAAGAAAACCUGUCUCAAAGGAUGAAGGCAAUGUGUCAACUACAAUUGCAAAUGAGGGCAAAAGGAAAAACUCAAAGAAAUUAGAAAGAGAGCUAUGUAAUAAGAAGACAGCAGGAAAAGACAAUUCUUAUAUGAGUAAAGACCAGCAUGGUUCAUCAUCUGAGAGUGAAGAUGAAGCGCUGGGUAAAUAUCAUGAGGCCUUGUCUAGAACCCAGAGUUCCAGGCUGCCAGUGGUGGAUGGCAGACAGCAAAAAAACUAUAUAUGGGAAACCAGACAAAAAUAUAGUCCCCUGUCUGCAGAAUAUGAUGGAUACAGUAGUGAAGCCUCAAUAGAUGAAGCGAACUGCAUUCAGAGGAUGAGAAGAACACCUCCGCUGGAUGAGCUGCAGCCGCCUCCGUACCAGGAUGACAGUGGCUCCCCUCAUCUUUCCUGUACACCUUCCGAAGUGGGAGACAGCAAAUGUGAAUAUUCCCAGUGCAGCAACAGCCCAAGAUGUUCAUAUAAGUGCCCAAGUGAGGGAAGCACGGGACACGAAAUAGAAAGCUUUCAUAACAAAGGGUAUGAAGAGGAUGUUCCCAGUGACAGCACAGCGGUUCUUAGUCCAGAGGAUAUGUCAGCUCGAGGAUCAUCUUCACAGCUUCCUAAACCUUUUGAUCCUGAGCCAGUAGCUAAAUAUGGCACACUGGAUGUGACUUUUGACUAUGACUCACAGGAACAGAAGCUUUUGGUGACAGUGACAGCUGUCACAGACAUUCCAACAUACAGCAGGACAGGUGGAAGCUCGUGGCAAGUACACCUAGUUCUUCUCCCUAUAAAGAAGCAGAGAGCAAAAACCAGCAUCCAGCGGGGACCGUGCCCUGUCUUCACAGAGACAUUCAAAUUUAAUCACGUCGAGUCUGAGAUGAUUGGGAAUUAUGCGGUUCGCUUUCGACUCUACAGCGUACGGCGCAUGAAAAAGGAGAGGGUUGUGGGAGAAAAGAUUUUUUACUUGACAAAAUUGAAUCUUCAAGGGAAGAUGUCAGUGCCAGUGAUACUGGAGCCUUCUUACAGUCUGCCUGGUUGUGACUCUCAAAUGAGCAUGUCAGAAGUGUCCUGCAGUGAAAGUACCUCCUCUUGUCAGUCUCUGGUACAUGGCUCAGCUCCAGAAAUCCUCAUUGGCCUUCUCUAUAAUGCUACAACUGGAAGAUUAUCAGCAGAAGUGAUAAAAGGCAGCCACUUCAAAAACUUGGCAGCGAACAGACCACCCAAUACAUAUGUUAAGUUAACACUGCUGAACUCGAUGGGGCAGGAGAUGUCCAAGUGCAAAACUUCCAUCCGCCGAGGGCAGCCCAACCCGGUGUACAAGGAGACGUUCGUUUUCCAGGUGGCGCUGUUCCAGCUCUCGGACGUGACGCUCAUACUCUCCGUGUACAACAAGCGCAGCAUGAAGCGGAAAGAGAUGAUAGGCUGGAUUUCCUUGGGUCUCAACAGCUCAGGAGAAGAUGAACUCAACCACUGGACUGAAAUGAAGGAAUCUAAAGGACAGCAAGUCUGUAGAUGGCAUACUCUGCUGGAAUCCUAAUGGAUGGUAGAAAGUGCAGCCGUGGUUCUGAGGGAGCUUGUUCUCCCGGGAAGAUGAUCAUCCCUGGUCGCAAUCAGCAGAUUCGUUGUGGCAGUAAAAAAAUGGAAAUUGCGGUCAACAUUCCAUCGGAAAGGAUGCACAACCUGCAAAAUGGUGGGAUUUAAUACAGAGUGUUCACUUGGUGUCAUGAACUUCCUUGGUGUCAGAGGAUCCUUGCUGUACACAGAUACGAUAGCGGUCCCUUCCCCAUCCACCUGAUGCUGUAUUUGUUUGGGUUUGUUUUGUGGUUUUCAAUUCAGAAACAUUUUGUGCGAGGUUCUCCAAAUUAAUGUAAGCUCCUCCUUGUGUACCUUUUGUAUUGCUUUAAUACUGUAGCUUCUGACCAGCCUGCAUUCAGAUUAAAGGUCAAUAGUUUGCACUUUCAGAAAAAGUUAAUGGUCUGUAAAGCAAAAGCAAAAAACCAGAAAAACCACUGGUGAAAUAACACUUAAUAAUACAGCAAAUAGAAAUAUACUGUUGUUUUGCACUGAGUUUCUUUCCAGGAGCUUGGUAAAGUAAGUUUUCAUUUUUUGAUAUGCAGUCAGUUUGGAAAAUACUGGCAUUUGGGCAUCAGGUGAACUUUGUGACAUCAAACUAAUGUUUCUUCAGUCUGUGACAGGAACGAGCUCUAUAUAUGGCAAAAAUUGGGGUUUUCCCUCUUGCCUGUACUUCUGCCUAAUCCAAAGAGACCAGACCAUUCGUUUGGUCCCUUCCAAAACUCCUUAGACAGGUUGUACUGUAAGACUAUGUAACUUUCUGUUGAAAGCACUUCCUCUACUCGUGUAUUCCAAUGUAGGAAGCUCAUAGAGCACGACUUUACUAAAAUAUAUUUUCAUUAAACAAAUGGAUAGAGGUUUCUUUAAAAUGUCAGCAGUUGGAAGUUAGGUUGAAGGACUGUGAAGGAAGUAGCAGCAGUUGAACUACUCUGGAUGAAUGCAAAAUACUGUGGCUUUGCUUGAGACAGGUAUCCAUUUGGGUCUCUUGUGAGCUGUGUUAGGCAUUACCAUAUGCUGUUUGUUGGAAGUAGAGAGCAGACCAGGGGCUUUUACCUUUCUUCUUGAAGAAGAGAACAUCAGUAAGUUAUUUUUCUAGUGAUUUGCCAGCAAUUGAACGAAUGUUCACACACAAAAUAGAAGUUUGCUUUGCUUAUGUUCAGGUUGGGAAACACAGCUUAUUAAUGAUGCAGUUGAGAAGCUGCAGUAUCACCAGAUAAGCACUCCUGGCAUCCACCAAAAUUGAGGAAAUAUCAGUGCUUCUGAGGUUCCUAUUUGUCCCAAAGCCUUUAGCUGGACUCACACUAAUUUAUUGACUGCUGAAUCCAAUUCAUAUUACUAAAAUUAUAAAUUACUGAGUAAAUGUAUUUUUAAAAAGCCUCCCAAUUUAAAUAUUCUUUUUGCUUGUAAUUACAAGUUUUGUUUAAUUUUAAUUGUUCCUGUAAAGAAAACAAGCAAUUUUGUUUUUUCUUAUAAAUGGUGAUAAUAUCUUACUAAUAUGAGACCUCACUAACUGUUGUAGCCCUUGGUGGGUAGAAGAGUAAAGUGUUGGAUUUUGUUGAGACAAUUAGUGUUAGUCUCAAGUGUUCUCAUUAGGACAGAUGUGUUCCUCUUGAAUUCCUUUAUAAUACCUUUGAACAAUCCUGGCUUUGGGGCAUACAGACAGUCAAGUACAGUGAGACUGGGGAUGGUGCGUGUGCUGUAAUAAAGAUAUUUCACAUGGUUCUCAAAUUCUCACCCUAUUUAACAAUUUCAUUAAGUCCCUUUUAAAGGAUUUUGUAAUUCCACAUCCUGGUUUAUUUGGUGUCGUUAGACUGAUUUAUUUGCAGAGCCAGGCUUUCAGUUUUUGUUGAUUUAAAGACUUAAACAUUAUUACAGACCUUUGGUUCUUGGGUUUUUUUCCUCCUGAUAUUGCACUGCUGCUUCAUUUACAGAAGCUUUAUUUACUAAAUAUAAAUAAUGCAAAAACUUUCUUUAAACAGGAAUGGUCUUGCAGUUAUACAAUACAGGUUGUCUUUCUCAGUCAUUUUUAUUAGUCCAGUUUGAGAAAUGUAAUGUUGAGUGUGGAAUUUAAUACAGAAUCAGCAUUAAUUUAAUAUGCAUAAGGAAAAUGCUCAGAUUUUCACAAUCUUUUCAGCUUUCCAUAUAAUAGAAGCAAUGACGUAGAAGCUGUUGUGAAGCAGUUUUUCACUGGAUGUGGAGGUGGUUUUAUCUAUUCUGUUUGUGGGUAUUUAGAUGCUCUUUCCUAAAACUGAAAAUUGUCUCUUGAUGGUUGUCUCUUUGUACAGGUUUUGUUAUUUAAAAUAAUGUACAAUAUUGACCAGCAAGAACUGGGUCAGGUAAUUCCAGUGGAGAACAUACUUAACAUCAUCACUGAACAAAUGAAGAAGUCAGUUUGGAAGGUGCAGCAAAUAACCUCUUACAGAACCAAACUAAACAAAACUGUGUCGAGGUGUGGGUUUCUGUUUGUAGAUUGCAUUGCUUCAGCUUUGCAUUUCACCAUUUAGAUUUCCAGGGCACUGAAAUCUUAAUUUUGACACAACAGAGAUUUAUGGUACUCUGUGUUGGGAUCAUUUGGGAAGAGGAAUCUCUCUCUAGGACUUUUCCUAAAGUAUUUGGGACCAGUUUGUGCUUCAGAGAAGAAGGAGUGGUUUACUUGGAUUUAUACUGUACAGAGGGUAGAAACUGAAUGUUCAAAGAAUGGAAAUGAAUGUUUAAUUUUGACACAGUAGAACAUGGAUUUGCUGUGCAAAACCAGUCACACCAAUAAUUGGAUUCACCUUGGGAUUUUUGUGAGUUAAUUGUAGUACCAAUAGCUGUCAUGUUGGUUUUUUUCUUCCUAGAACCUAUUCUUAUGAUUUGAUUUGUUUGUAAUUUUGUUUUUCAUUGCUUAUGCAAACCUACACCUUUGUAUUUGAUAUCUGCCUUCGUCUGUUGUGGGUUUCUUAAACCCUACAUAAGGGCUUGCACACACAGUGUGGUUUUGUGCAUUCAGUUAGGUUUUAAGCAUGGAAGAGAAUUGCUGAAGAACAAAGUAUCAGUAACAAAUUAGAGGCACUUAUAUUUUCCCCAGAGUUGGCUGUGGUUUUUUUGAUAGCUUUUUGUUGUUUGCCUUUGUUCAAAAGUACAGUAAGUACUUGAAAAAAAUGUAUCAAAUUAGUUACUUUUCUGUGUGCCAGCAAACCGUGUAGAAAUUGCAGAUCUUGAAUUGAAUCUGCUUCCUGUCAGUGUAGCCUUAAAUAAUUGUAGAACAGUGACGUUCGUGCAGAUUCUCUUCUUGAAGUAUCGCAUCCUUUCUGUAUAAUCUGUUUGGUUUAGUGCUUAGAACAUUUCACAUAGGUUGUCCUGAAGUAUUAUAAAUGUGAAAAAGUUGGUCAUUUCCUUUCUGUUAAGGGCAAGGCUGUGAAGGGCAGGACAGGCAAGCGUGGAAUCAGUGCACCCAAGGAGGAGAGGUUGUACAGCACCUGCAGGACAUCGCUGUCUCCCAUACUGUGGAGCAGAAAGGCAGCAGAGCCAUCCUGCUGCUCCUGCUCAGCCAGGGGGCACAGGACACCGGGGCAGCACUGGGAAGAUGCAAAGCUUGGUCCCUGUGCUGCUGCCUCAUGCUCAGGAUGCGAGAUGUCCACGCUGUAGCUGCACAGUGAGCUCUGACUGCAAAGGCAGAAGCAAGGCAAGGUGUAAGCUCUGCUAUGGCAGAAAUUUGACAAUUUCUAAAUGAAAUGGAGGGAACUAAACUCAUUAAUAAUUAGAUUUGGAAAUUUGGGGAGCCCUUGGAAUGAACAUUUGUUCUUUUGUGGGAGCUAAAUGUUAUUAUCAAUUUAGAAAAUACUUGAGCUGAAAACAAGAUGUUAUGUUAUUCACUACUGGAAAUUCUUUUACCUGUAAAUUUUUCAAAGACUUUUGAUGGCAGGUGCAGUGUCAGCAUCAGUGCCUUCCCAUUUUCACACCUUUGGAGCAAUUCUUUUUUUGUCUAAAAUUUGUGUUUACAGUGUUCUUGAUGUAUUCUCUUUUCUCCCCAAUGGCUCACUGCUGCAAACUCCCCAUGGCCCUGAAAAGCUGCCUGUGGCAGUCACUGGACCUUAGAGGUAAGGGAUACUGUACUUUAGGCUACUGGUGCAAAAUUUGUGUCACCUCUCCAACUCCCAAAGAUUUCUGAAAUGCAAACUAUCAGUUUUAAUAUAGCAAACCAGAAGAAGAGAACUUCUUUGAGGGAGACAUUUUCAUGUAGGAAUUGAGUACAGAUCACUCUUACACAUCCCAAUUCUAAUAAAAAGUCUGGGGUAAGAUCAGGGAAUGAGAUUUGAGGGCAGGCCUUCUGGCCUGAGCUGUUCCAGCUUGAAACUAACAACAGAAUGCCCUUUCGCUGAACUCAGAGUUGUAUUGAACCCUCUAUUUAUGACACUUUUCUGGAGGAAAAAAACUGUCCUGUUUAUAGUAGUCUUUAAAAUUCUGGCUUGUCACUUGGUUGUAAGGCAGACUGACUUCCUUCUGACGCUGAAUUCUCAGUAACAGGUAAACAUCCUUUUAAUUUUCCCACUGAUGUGCAUGCCUGCCUGCCAUUAAUGUUAGUGAGAGGAGCCCACGGGCUUCAAGAGGAGAGCAGACCUCAUCCUGAAGGUGUGAAGAGCAAUAGGAUUGGUGGGUUAGAGGGGUGGUACAGCCUGGCACCUGCAACACACUCAAAUAUGAUUUCAGUUAUGAAUAGAGGCAAAAAAACCCAAACGUCCAGAUACUGUCGCAAACUUGUUAUUUAAUCAUUAUCUCUUCUUUUUGUUUCUUCUUUUCCUCAGCUUUUGAAAAAUUGUUUUAAAACUUGUUAUUAAAAAUGUUAAAGCAGUCCCUAAAUAUCUUGAUCGUUUUAACUGGAAUAUUCAGCAAUGUUUAUUGUUAGAAGGAGCCAUCGAGAAUGUUCUGGUUUUUUGGUCUCUAACUCAACUGCUAGAUUUUGUAGUACAUCACAGCUGGAUUUCAGACUGCUUUGUUCUGAUGGGAGUUCUUGAGGGAAGAGUCACAGGAGCAUUUCCUUGUCAGUGAAUCACCAACACACUUCGAAGAGAUGUCAUCUGAGAGCAAGAGCAUUAAAAUAAGAGAUGGCUCCUUACAGUAGCAGCAACAGUGACUCACAUUCCUCUCUUGGAGCCCUGUGGCCCUCGGAGGGCCCUGCUCAGACAAACUGUGACAUGCGAGUUGUGGAGUUCACGCAUUCAGAGCAGUGCUGGUCUCUGUGGACAUUGUGUGGCUUCUAAACCAGUGUAUUUUCCAGAGGGUAGAUGGUUUUUUAUUUGCCUUGGGUGAGUAGGGCAAGUGCCAACUGUCCUAGAGUGACAUGGAUUAGUUUAGCCUUAAGAACUUAUCACUGCCCCUCCUUAAAUUCAAGCAGGGUUUCUUCCUUUCUGCAGACUAUGCAGAAAUCUUAUGCACGAGUAUCUGCUUAUAUUAUGUCUACCUGAAUAUGGCACAAUUAUUAGUGCUGGCAAGCUUAGUUCCUAUGUGGUGUGACUGAAGUAAUGGAUGGGCCUGGUACAUGCUGGAUCAGGUUUUGCUGGAUCAAAUUUUGCUGUUCAGGCUUUUGCUGGAUGGAUAUAGAUACGUGGUCCUUAUGCUGAGGAAUGGGCCAGGAUCAGGAAAGUGGCUGGUACUGCUCCUGUAGGAAUGAAGGUCAGGAGACAGCUCUGCCCAGACAAAGGGCAAAGCUGUCUUAUAGCAAGAAGGAUUAUUUCAUUUCCUUGGAAGCAUCUACUGGUUGAGCUGGCAUAAAGGCCCUACUCAGGAGAGCAGAAGCAGUAAUACCAUACCACUGAAGGAAUACCUCAUGGACAUUCAGGGAUGUAAUUAAUGUCAUCCUUUUCUCUCUUGUAUCUGGGAACAAGAGUCUUGCCCAUUGUAUCAACAUAAUAUUUUUCUGUGUUUUGCAAACCCCGUGGACACUGACUGCAUGCUGAGGGUCUAAAGUGGAUUGCUUUUUAACUUUUGGUUCAUUUCCAGAGCAUGAAUUUGAAUGAUUUUGCAGAAUUAACUAGGAGCAUUAUCAUAGCUUUGAGAUGUAAUCUCUAGGCCAUAGGACAAGCAAGGAGCAGGGCUUUGGACCAGUUUUGAUUGUCGACUUUGCAAAUGGCUUAUUAUGACAUUUAAAGAAAAUUUCUAAGCAGUUGAAUGUAUUAGGGAAUAUUUACAGAAAAAGGACACAGAGCAAUGAUCUUUUUUUACUAUACAGCUAGUUUGCUGUCCUUUCCAGUAAACCACAAGGUUCAUUAGUGCUCAGUACUGUUUCGUUUACGAUAAAUGUUUUUAAUGUGAUUUUCAUGACAAAGUGUAAUUAGUGAAACCUUUUAUUCAAUUUUUCCCUUUAUUUGCUUUUUCUAAGGAGACAUUUCUCCUUAUAUAGUAUAUAUACUUUCUUACAGAGCUUUCUUACCUAUUUUUAUAUAAGAUGAUUUAACAAUGUACAAUUAAAUGCUCUAUGAGCAAGCUAUAUCACUGUUAACGCAAUCAAAAGUGCUAAUAUAAUGACUAAGGGCCUGAACCUUCUGCCUUUUCCUCAGGUCCUGGUUUAACCAGAUGUCUUUCAUGCUGUGUAGGACCUUUCCCUGUAAGCACUUCCAUCUAAUCCUGGGGAUGUCUCAGAGAAAGGCACUAUUAACAUGAAUAACAGUGGUAAAACUGAGCCUCCUCUCCAUUCUUAGUGGAACAUCUGUCAUGAGUAAAGGCUGCUGGCUCUGUCCCAAAAUAAAGUUUUAGAUUAUAGUUCCCUUGAUCUUCAGUGAUUUUGAACUUGUUUUUCUGGUGGCUAUAAGCUAAUAACUGAUCUUAGUGAAUACAAAUACUGAAUUGUGCUGUUACCAGCAAGAUUAUUAAAAUGUGUUCCACAUUUUAAUUCAUUCUUUCAUUGGGAUAUAAGGAGUUGGAUUUGGGAAGCAUUAUAUUGCAUAGAGAUAGCACACAUUCACCACAUUUCUAAAAGGUAUGAAAUAUACAGUAUGUAGCAUUUUCUUGCAUACUUUUAUACUGCCUGUACGUCACCGAUGCACUCGGUGCCUUCCUUCUUUUGUAUGAAACUUAAUCUGUAGAGAAACUGAAGUUAUGGUGUGUAAGCAAUGUCACUGCAACCCAAGAGAUGUCUUAAACUGAUUAUUCCUAGGCCGGGAGGUUUCAAAAGGCAGUUGAAUUUAACACAGUGCAUUUCUUUGAAUUUGAAGUUUUCCCCUUUCCUUCCUCUCCCCCACUCCUUGUCCAAAAACUUCCUCCUAUGGCUGUUUAUUCUUAAUUGAUUCCUGUGUCUGAUGUAAGUCACAUGGUGUUAACCAAAGAACCAAGCCUGUUUCUAAUUAUUUGGACAAAUAAUGUUUGGACUUGCAAUUACUUAAAGACUAAAAUGAUAUGAUGGAUCUCUGUUAACAAAUAUAACAUAGGCUUCUGUAAAUGUGACUCCCAGCUGAGAAUUCCAAAUACCUCUUUUCUGACUGGAUGUGCAUUGUUGUAUCAGUAGCAAAGUGUUUGGGUUGUGUUUCUUGGUGCAUUUUAAUCAAAAUCGUAUCACAAACAAAAAUAUCAGUCAGUGAGUGCUGUCAGAUUAGCUUGGUUUACCGUGUUCUACCUAUAUCUGAAGUGUGCUGCUUAAAGAACAGAUUUGGCUUUCCUGUGUCUGAAGUCCUGAUGUUGUACAAUAAUUACCUGGUGUAUGCUGGUCUCACAGGAACAGACUGAUGCUGCAUCAUAUGUACCUUUCCUACCAGUGUCCCUUCAUUGUACAACUUCUGUAAUAUAACACAGUUUUCAACUACUGUUUCAACCUGAAAUUCCUUAAAUUUCAAUGCAUGUAUAGCCUUAAACAUCUAAGACACCAAGCACAGUUUUAACGGGAAUAAGUUAUAUUUGCAAGUCCUGUUUGUCUCAGAAGUCAUAGGAUUAUUUUUAUAUAUCAGUCAAAGAUUGUAGAAAAUGGGUACAUUGCAGUUGUGUUAUCAACCAUGCUCCUAAUUAUAUGCACACACAAAAAAGGGCAUUUUUGCUAAAUGUUUUAGAGGUGAAGUAUAAGUGCUUAUUUCCUUUCUCGAAUUUGUUUUUGUGUUCAUACUUUUGUUUCUGUACAGAACCUUGGUGCCCUUAACUAAUACCUGUGACUGAAUUCACACAGAUUUUUCAGUUUUCAGUAUUCCUUGAGCUGCUUUUCUUUUUUUGAUCCUUUUUUUAAACUGAAUAAGCAGUAAUUAAAAUUCCCCUAAAAAAUUCCCUUUUUUUUUUUUUUUUUUUUUUUACAUUUUGACAGUAACAUAAUUAGAGCAAAUGACUGUUUGCAGCUGUUUAUGCAGCUUAUUAAAGCCUGAGAACUUGGUUUGAAAAUGUCAUUAUAAUCCAGAUGAAGACAUAAGUUUCAUGGCAUUUCAGUCCACAUCAGGUGAGAGCAGGAGCUCUGGCGAUGAGUGUGCAGAUCUGCACAUGGUGUGUCAGACUCUGAGUCCCCAGAGGGAUUUAUAAUUAAGUGUCACAUUGUAUCUACAGUAUCUCCAGUUGAGUGUUGUCAGAUACUUGUUGUUUUGGUUUCUUUCUUAUUACCUAGAAAAAAGCUACUUUUAUCAUUUUUGUGCUACUGUAUAUUAAUCUUGAGGGUUUCCAGUGUGUGAGAUCAGUUUAAUGUUGUCAGUUCUCUUUCUGUAAAAAAACCCUGGACUUUCAGCAUACACAUCCCAUUCCUUUUCUGGGGAGAGCCAGAAUGCCACCAGCUGGUUUUGGUUGUAUUUACCUGUAGAGCACAGGUAACUUCAGUCCCAUGUUAGUUUGAUUGAAACAUGCUAUAGUAUAUUUUCAAACCUUGGAUCUGUCACGACAUAAAAAUAGUCAUUUUGCAUAUCUGAAACUUUGCAGCUGUGGAUUUGUAUUUUGUUUACUCUAUCUCUGUGAAAUGUAUUUUUGUCAGUUUGAGGACUUUGGAUAUUUCAAAGUAUUUUCUGUACGUGAAAUCAGCUUUCUGCAUGUGAAUUUAAUUGCUGGAAAGUAUUUGAAAAAAAAAAAAAGGAAAAAUCACUUUUAAAACCUUUUGUUGUCACUUUCCUUUGGAUUUCAUUACCUUGUAAACAAAACCAGACUUCACUGUUCAGAAGAUAGUAACGUUUGGUCAACCUUUGGAACCACUGUCUGCAUUAAAGAAAAAAUAUUUUUUAAUUUUUGGCAAGGGCAUCCUAGCCCUCACACACAUUUUGGCUCUGUUUACAAAUUUCCUAAGUUUCCCCAAUUCCCUUUCUGUCCCCCACAGUCUUUGUUGAUGUCAUGAACCUUCUGCUUAGAGAACUUUAAAUUAACCAGUGUGACAAUGUUCUAACAAAUAUGAUGUGUAUACUGGCAAAUAAAGACACACUCAGGUGAUUGUUCUGAUUGACUUCA